AUGUCUUUCCCGCUUAUUUACAUUCAGAGUCCUGAAAGCAAGGACUAUGAGAAGUUUUUCAAUGAGGUUCUAAAAAGACUUUCUGGUGAUGUUUCUGGUAUAGAUGUGUUGGUGGGAGAUACCAUCGAGAGCACUGGCGAGUUGAAUGAGGUUUUGCUGCAUCUCUAUCCCCAAUUGAGAAGGAUAUCGGCUGAAAAGGGCUUUACGUACCGCUUUGACAUUGAUGUUUUGAUAAAUGUGCCAGUUCCCUCCAAAGGUGGCAAAGCUUUCUGUCCUGAAGAUGAGAAGGUUGAUAUGACCAACGUAGAGUAUAUUCCUGCUCCAGUCCCUGCCAGGCAAAGUGAGGAUAACUAUGAUUGGGGUUUAGCUUAUAAAGAAGUCGAAACAAGUGCGGUAGGUGGCACUUUUGACCAUAUUCAUGAUGGACACAAGAUUUUGCUCUUGAUGACAGCAUUUGCUGCCAAGAGAAAGAUUAUUGUGGGAGUAACGGGCCCCAAACUACUUGUCAAGAAGAAAUUUGCGGAGUUCAUGGAGCCGUUGAGUACAAGGGUGCUGAAGGUUUGCAAAUUUCUACAAAAGGUGGCCUCGCCCGGAGUUUCCUUCCAUAUAUAUCAGAUCAAUGAUAUUUGUGGACCCACAGGCUUUUUAAGGGCAAUUGAUGCAUUGAUUAUCAGUCAGGAGACUGUCAAAGGAGGAGAAUUUGUCAAUAACUACCGAAAGGAGAGGGACUAUCCUGCGAUUGAGAUCGUGGUUGUUAAGGUAAUUGGCGGUGAUGGAAGUGGAGAUGAAACCAACAACUGGAAGGGAAAAUUGAGCUCCACGGACAUUCGCGAAGAAGAGUAUAAAACACUACAUUGA